AUGGCAACUGAACAGGACAAUCAAUUUUGUUCCUUCAACGUUGGUGGUUGUUUUUUUUCCAUCCGGUUCAACCGACUUUCUCACCUUCAGGACUCGUUGCUUUUCAAAGACACGUCUUCUGGUCAGAAACCACGGUGGUUUAUCGACAGAGACGGAUGCACAUUCAGACACGUACAGUAUUAUCUACAAACUGGGAAACUAGCUACAUCAUGUGUAUCAGAAUUAAAUAUUUUAUAUGAGCUUACUGCAGGUCUACGUCUAACGUCACUGCUACAGGCCUUAGAGAACCUCCAGUCAGGGAAGCAUUUCCUGCGAGACCGGCCAGUAGACCUGCAGGUGACUGAGAGAGCCACUCUGAACUACUGGAAGACCAGAAUCUGUAACACCAGAGAACCUGAUCCCAUAGCCAGCCCAGUGUCCUCAGUUCAUGACGCGGUACCCCUGGGUCUGGUGGGGACUCCUCUGGUCGACGGUGACGAGGAGGUGCUGUACUGCUUCGUUCCCAUGGAGACGGUCCGCCUGUACCCCGCCCUGGUGACGCCUCACAACCUGCUGUGGUUGUGUGACGACCUGGUCGUCAUCGAGUGUGACAGCUCUCUCUUCAGAUUCAUAGCUAAUUACCUUCAGACCGGAAACAUCUUCCUGCCAGAGGACUUCAGUGAUCAUGACAGGCUGAACCAGGAGGCCAGAGCGGCUGGCAUGACGGACUUCCUGGAAGAGUUACAGAAACGACCCGAAUUGAUUGGUGAUGACAUCAUGCAGCCUCAAGAUGGCUGCCCUCAGAUGAAGCAACAGCAGCAGCAGCAGCAGUUGACCCCUCAACCUCUGUACAUUAUGACCUUUGACCUGUUGGUGAGGUACCAGGACUCUGCUCUGGGACAGCUCUGUGUGAACAGUAACGUGGAGGGGAGCAGGCUGCACCUCUCUGGCAACGGGGUGGUCUUCCAACACGUGGAGAACUGGUUGGGGACGAGCCGUGUCCCGCUGACAGAGAGGCAGUGUGAGCUGCUGGGGUUGUGUGAGUACCUGGACAGGCAGGAUGAGGCCUACCACACCUUCAGAGAUGCACUGUGGGAGUUCCUACACAGGACCAGGACCACAGGCGGGUGUUUUACAGCAGGGCCCUGGUCCGUCUCAGUGGCAACGUUCAGCAUUUAUAAAGUUGUUAAAGUUUAUGUGGGAACACACUGGUACGCCACUUACUACAAAACCCUGUUAAAGCACCCAGAGCUCCUGUCCAACCCCAGGAAGAGCAGCUGGAUCGUAUUCGGUCACAGUCUCCAGAUCAGGGCCGACGGAGCGAUGUUCAGACACAUCCUCAACUUCCUGAGAUGUGGACGCCUGUUGCUUCCCUCUGUGUUCAAGGAAUGGCGGCUGCUGUGCCAUGAGGUAGAGGAGUUUCAGAUCCCAGCUCUGACUGGAGCCCUGGAGGACUGUUCUGACUACAGGGCCUGGUGUGAGAGCAAGACGCCUGCUGCCGGUAACCAGUCUUCCUCUUCAGCCGAGUCCUUACUCUUUUACAACCAAGAUCAAGAUGGCUUCACGGGGAUCGGUUACCAACCGGAGAGCAUGGAUGUAAGUCCAUCCCAAACACAAGAUGGAGUCAGUCCUGAAGACUCCUUCAUCUCAGUGGGUGAGGACAUCUGUCCCUUGGUGGAACCAGAGAACGAGCUGAGACGGAGAGACUGUCUGCUUCAGAGACUAGAGGAGAGCAGACAGGUCAAUACAGAGGACAGAAUAGAGCCAAGCCAGCUGUCGCCAGCUCCUCUACAGUCAACAGUAGAGUCAACAGUACAGUCUGGUGGUCAGACCAGUCACCUCUCAGUCCCCUCUGACAGACUGUCUCAGGACAAUAACACAUCAGAUACCACCAGCAAGCUCUCAUCCUCCCCUUUGGUACCAAACAGAACAUUGGACACAAUGGAUACCAGAAAGCUAUCCUCUUCUCUCUGCAGUGUAACACACCAGCCUGACCAUGCUAGUAAAUUCUCCCCAAAAGGGCUGAGUAGUCCUGGACAGAAACCAGUAGGUUCCAGACGCUUCUCGUCUCCUGGUCGAUAUCAGGCUGGUUUGGUAGAGAGGGCAACGCCAGACGGGCUAGAUGAGAUCUCGGCCUCUCUCCAGAGCAUGAUGGCAGAGACUGUGUUUCAGAGUGGGCCCAACACACAGCCCUGGGGAACGCCAUCUGGGGAAGGGACCCUCUGCCCCUCCACAGGUUCCAGGGGCUCCACGCCUGAUCCUAUCCCUCCUGACCCACUCCCCAAUCCAGCCUCAGCCAGGCUGUCUACCCUCACAGCCUUCCUGGCCAGACAGGGACUCCCUGGGGGUGCACAGGGGACAAGGUACCCCACACAGAGGGCCGAUGUGGAGGGAGAGAGUCAGGGACGGAGCACAGUCAAGCAUAACAGCAGUACUCAGAGAGAAGACUUCCAUUGGAGCAGACCUGCCCUGGGGGGCUGCUUGUUCCCGGUGCAGGGUUGUGUUCUCAGGGUUGACCACCCUCCGGUCCUGGGCAGAGGGGAGCCUGGAGGAUACUUCACCCAGAGCCUAAUUUACACAGCCAGUCCUCCACACACAGGUUACGGAGCCGACAAAGACCUAAAUGCGAGAGGAGAUAUCAAGAGUCCAGAUGUGGCUUUUGCCUGCAUCAAUGUGUCCUGGGAGGACAUGGUGUUUGGGAGGCAGUGCCAUGUCUUUCUGUCCGGACUCAUCCUGGACUCCAUAAGACUAGAGGACUCCAAGGACUGCACUCUCAAGAUAACCAACCUGGUCUAUUUCCUCUGGACAGGACAGGCGAAGGCUGAGGACUUUGUCUCUGAGCUCCUCAGAAUCAUUUGUUCUGAGAGACGGGAGAAGAGCAGAGAGCAGCUGCUCCUGCAGUGGUUGGAGUUCUCCCUUCCUCUAGCCCAGCGCUACUCUGACUGUCUGGAGCAGCUGGACAGAGGACACUGUCGUACAGUCUGUCUGUUUCCUUAAGACUACAGACCCAGUGUCCCCCCCCACCUCAACACAGACUACAGACCCAGUGUUCCCCCCCACCUCAACACAGACUACAGACCCAGUGUCCCCCCCACCUCAACACAGACUACAGACCCAGU